AGGAGCUGCAAUGCUAUGUGGCCGGUUUUUGUUUUAGUCUUGCAGACGGUGUCUGCUCUACGAAUGAGUGAAUGUGAGCCGUCAGCGCUUGGCAUGGAAUCCGGAGCCAUAACGGACGCGCAGAUCAGCGCCAGCAGCAGUUUCGACAAGCAGAGCGUUGGACCGCAGAACUCCAGGAUUCGCACGGAACUCGCAUCCGGAGCGUGGUGCCCGAAACCGCAAAUACACAGUAGCAGCUAUGAGUUUCUACAGAUAAACCUUGAAAAUACAUAUCUGGUGACAGCUGUGGAAACUCAAGGACGAUAUGGCAACGGCACGGGUCGAGAGUUCGUCUCUGAGUAUAUGAUUGACUAUCUUAGGCCAGGGAGCAAAUGGAUACGAUAUCGUAAUCGAACCGGACAUAUGCUGAUGACGGGAAAUGACGAAACCACAGAGGCUGUUCUACGAGUUCUCGAUCCACCACUGGUAGCUUCUAGGCUAAGAAUCGUACCACAUUCGAAACAAACCCGGACGAUUUGCCUGAGGGCAGAGCUGCACGGCUGCCUUCAUAAAGAUGGGCUGCUAUACUACUCAACUCUUCCGGGUGGAUCGCGUGUUGGUGAUGUGGAUUUUAGGGAUCCAACUUUCGAGAGUAGCGAUUUGUAUACUGAAACUGGAAUAAAGCGAGGUCUGGGCCUUCUUAGCGAUGGCUUCGUUUCCGAUAACUCACCUUUUGAUGAAACAAAUCCUAAUGGGUCUUGGAUAGGAUGGAGCAAACACCAUACAGACGGCACGGUCACGCUCCUUUUCGAAUUCGAUCAACUACGAAAUUUUUCCGAAAUUCUGCUUGCUGCCUAUGGUCAUCGCCUGAACAGCAUCGAUGUCAUUUUCAGUCAAGAUGGGACGAACUUCUCAUUAUCGUCACAAAUCUCUUCCUUAAACCGGCCUGCCCCAAAUUCUACAGCAAAGAGAUAUGAUCUCCGUAUUCCACUCCAUAAAAGAAUGGCAAAGAAAAUAAGAGUAACUAUCACUUUCACUGCGGAUUGGCUGUUCCUUACAGAAAUUCAUUUUUCAUCCGGUCAGUUACACGAGGUGCCGAUAGGGUAUAAUCUAUUCUACAAUGAAUCUUUCUCAAAUGUGGUCAUGGAAGAGAAUACGGUGCUCACUCGUAGAAGCGUCUUUGGAGUUGUCGCCCUCGUCGCAUUGUUCAUACUUUUGACAGCUAUUCUAUGUAUCAUAAUUCUGAUGAAACGAAGAAAAUCGGAGGACAAGCUUGAAAUAUUCGAAAGAGACAUCCGAAGAAAUCUUAUCAUUACCCAAGUAGGGGGUAAGACCGCCACCGAGGUGCUUCCAUCGCCAUCGGCGCAUCUGAUGGCAAAUUUUUACGCCUCGGACAAGACUACUAGCACGAGCCUUUCAUCCAAAAGUGCAUCACCGAAAUUUGGACCAGCCACAUGGAAUGACUUCCACUUCCCGCCACCUCCAUCAAUUCCCGAUGAGAGAAUCUAUGCGCAACCGAUUACACUGCCAUUAUCGAAUGGAAUUCAAAAGGAACCUGGAGGUGGGACCACCAUGAGGAUGGCAAGACGGUCUCCGGACUAUGUCGCUGUCCAUCACUAUGCCACCAUACCAGUCCGAGAUCAAGCCGAGAAGGUCUGUAAAAUCUCCAGCUCCCAGCUAUCCAUGGGAGCAGAACUUGGUGAGGGAAAACACACAAUCGUAAGAGAAUGCGCAGCCCUCGGAAUCGGUAACGUCGCCUACAAAACCAUCAAAGAUCGGAAUAACUCACAUGCUAGGAGUGCGCUUAUGGAUGAGAUAAAGAUGUUGGCCAUUGCCAAUCAUCCGCAUGUCGUUCAUCUGCUUGCCACUGAUGAGAACAAUGGACUUGUGUUAGAGUUGAUGACAAAUGGAAAUGUUAGGGAGUAUCUGAGGUCACAACGGAUACCUAUUCCAACAGCAAAGCUUCUCGCUAUAUGCGCCGACGUCUGUGAGGGCAUGCGCUACUUGGAGUCAGUUGGAGUUAUUCAUGGGCAUUUAACACCUAACAACAUACUUUUAGAUGAGAACUUGCGAGCGAAGGUCUCUUCACCUCGUGGGCCAGCACAUCAUGCCCAACUUCGAUAUAGCGCUCCAGAGAGCAUCUUGAAGAACUGCUUCUCGUCCCAGUCGGAUGUUUGGGCGUUUGCUGUAUGCUGUUGGGAAAUAGCUGAAACAUCUUGCACUAGAAUACCCUUCGAAACAUUUUCAAAUUCUGAUCUUGUCACUAAUGCCCAACUAAUGCUCAGCGGACAAGAAGAUGCGGUUGUACCAACAUUCACAGAAAGCGUUCCACGAGGCGUACGAGAUGUAUUUAUUCGAUGUUUUGAAGCCGAUCCUCAAGCUCGCCCAUUGUUCUCUCACAUAUCAUACUUUAUGAGCAAGUAUCAUGCUUCACUAGAUUAAUUUCUAUCCAUGGCAAUUCCUCGCUAACAGGGGAGCAAAGCUUUCACAUGUGAUUCUCAUCAUUGAAAUUCCUUGUGUAAUUAACUUGCCGAUAUGUCAAGCAUAUGACUAGGAUUUUCGAAGGGUCGAGAUAAGGAGCGACAUGCCUGGUUGCACUUUUUUGUGGUCGUUGGCCCUUUUGCACCACUACAGUAUACGACGUAUGUACAAAAAGUUAUAGUCGAGUUGUAGUCGUGCAAGAGGUUCUAAAAAGAGUUCGAAGUUAGAAGAGUCGACCAUGUGGAUUAGAUAUCCUAACAUGUUCUCCCGUUGUCGAUUUUUCUUCUGAGGACUCACGAUUUCGGUGCAUUAUACUGUAGCGGUGCAAAAGGGCCGUUUCUAGGUUUCGUGAUCUUCACCUACAUCAAAAUCAUAGGAUGCUAGCCAAAAGCCUGUCGUUCCUUACCCCUCCCACUCCUAGUCCCGAAUCAGACUAGGACUUCGUUGAAAUUCGUAAAACGGUGCCUUACCGUUUCAUCGCUCUCUCCAAGCCUCCAAUUUUUAUCUAAUAACCCUUUUUUCUUAGCACAUGUCACUGUAUGCAAAACUGCCGAAUGUUUCUUCGCUCACUCUUGGUAUUACUGCUAUCACAUCAUUAUGCGGUUCAGUUGAUUUUAGCAUAGUAACUCUGUUAUAGUAUUGUUCACACACAUUGUUUCCAUUCUUCUAUUCACGUGUACGUUUUGUUUCAGAAAUUUUUCUUGAGGCAAACACUCGCCGAAAGGCCCUAAAUGCA